AUCUCUCGCUCGUACUCACCCACCCAUGGCGGCCAACCGUUUAUGGCGGGUAAGUGCAACCGUGUAUUCAUUCACCAAAAGGACCGGCGUUGUAAUCUAUGGAGCUCCCAGUCGCCGUUGUUCCUCGUCGUCUUCAUCAUCCUCACCGCCUCCUUCGUCUUCAUCGGAAAAUCCAUCCAAGGUCAGUAAGAAGGUAACUGAUCGUCUAUCUUCCGUCAUUGACUUAGUCAACGACCGUAAACUCCCGCCAGAGCUUCGCGGCCAACGAAACAACGUUAGGUCUGAAACUGAUAUAAUGAACAUUGUUGAACAAAGGAUAUAUCAUUCUAUGGAAGAAGGUCAGUUUGAGAAUUUAUCAGGAAAAGGCAAACCGCAAGAUCUAAGUACUAAUCCUCAUGCUGAUCCAGCUGAAGAUACUUUAUACAGAAUCCUUCAUCGGAAUAAUUGUGCUCCGGAAUGGGUUGAGUUAAACAAGGAGAUAAGGAGCAACAUUGAUGAAUGGAGAUUGUUCUUGAAGAGAGCAAUUGAUCAUAAGGAUAGUGGAGUCGGCAAUAGCGAGAAAUUGAUAGAGUGUUCAGAGGCUCUGAAAUUGCAGCUAAGUGGGAUCAAUGAUAAGGUGUUGAGAUACAAUCUCAUUGUUCCAUUUGGUCGUCAAAUGCUUGGAUUUAAAUGGGAGAAAGAGAUUGAUCGUUUAAACAACGAGAAAAAACAAGAAUGAUUGACCUGUCUUUGAACCAGGUUUGGUUUCAUUUGGAAAUAUUAGAAUGCAAUAGUAAUGGAUGUUGGGUCUUUUGUGUCAUUGUUUAUAGGUUGAUUUGGUUUGUGCUCAAUCGCAUGUGAUUUGUUUUACUUGCUGAUAAAUGUUUUGUUCGUCGCUUUUGUACUACUCCCGGUUUUCAGGAUGUUUCUUUGAACGAAAUAUGGGCAUGUCAUGUCUCUAUACUAAAUAGAUAAUUAAACAUUAUCUUUCCCCA